CCUGGUCGUCCUGGAGCCAAUAUGCACAAAAGUAUGGAUGGCAUACGGAGUACGAUACUGCAUCUACCUUGAAUUCCUUUCUCUCUCGCGGCUUCCACCUCUGACCUUCAGCGUCCUUUUACAUUUCCUGUUUGCCAUUGGCGCAUCUCCUUUCCCAUGAAAUUCUAUCCAAGAGCCCGAGAGCAACGGCCGAGCAUCCAUCACGCCUCGGUUCGGCCACGUCGACUGGGAGUGCUCAAAGCGGCCGCUAUCAACCUUGUCUUGCUCCAACUUCUUUUCCUGGGUCUCUUCUGUUACAUAUUUGGCUCGAUUUUCCAGCAGACCACACAUAUCCACAAUCUCACUAUCCUGUUCGUCGACUACGAUGGCGGCGCGAUCGGAGACUCAGUUCGCAGCGCGUAUGAGAAACUCCAGGGACCGGGCUUUCCAUCAUUGAUUGAGCAUUCUACCGCUGAGUAUCCUCAGCCAAACGUUGUUGAUAAUGCGGUCUGUAACAUCAACUAUUGGGCCGCGUUAUACACUACGCCCAACGCGUCGAAUCAGUUGACAGCCGUGCUUUCAGGGGAAUCUGCUGCUUCGACAUAUGACAAAAGCGAUGUCCUCACCAUGGUGUGGAACCAGGCUCGCUAUCCGACAGUCGUUGAUGCCGCCAUCUCCAACUCCGUAAAAUCGCUAUCUGAAGCCGCACGCGUCGCGUACUCUACAACAAACGGGCAACAGACUCUGCAGAGUUUGAACACAUCCGAUCCCGCGGCGAUAGCAGUUUUGUAUGAGCCGUGGUCCCUGUCUUCUGUCAACUUUCAGCCGACAACACAAGGAUCAAGACUCAUCUACAACAGCCUAGUCAUCAUUCUGAUCAUCAUCCAGGAAUUCUUCUACCUGGGUUAUGUCAACGGUCUAUAUGUUCAAUUUAAACUCUAUACAUCGGUGGCACCUCAUCGAAUCGCAAUCUACCGGCACAUUAUCUCUGCCGUUUACACUCUGAUCGGGUCACUUUGUACCGCGGGGGCCAUCUGGGCCUUCCGAAAUGGCUGGACUGUCAACGGUAACCAGUUCGUCCUCACAUGGAUGGCCUUGUGGCUCUUUGCGCAUCUGAACUUUCUCGUUCUAGAUGUAAUAACCGUCUGGCUGCCACCUCCCUACGUGCCCAUGGCAAUGGUAUCAUGGGUUGUCUUGAACUCCACGUCGGCCAUGCUUCCAUUCGACCUCUCUCCUGGAUUCUAUCACUGGGGUUAUGCCUUGCCAGCCCACUGUGUAUACCAAAUCCUCAUUGAUAUCUGGUCCGGUGGGUGCAAUCCUCAACUCUACCAUGCACUACCGACUCUGUUCGCCUAUGAAAUCGUCGCGAUGACCGUGAGCACGAUUGGAGUCUAUCGACGGGCGCACUAUGCAUGUCUCUCACAAGAGCAGGAGGAAAACUCAUGCCGAGACAACAUAUCAGCAGCACUACUGGACGUGCGAAAAGACCUGAUGGCACAAGAAGCGAUGCAUGACGGACAAGGACAAGGAACAUCUGAAACUGAGAAGAACCAAGGACCCGCGACGCAACAGCCUGAAUCUGCCACGAUUCUAACUGAGCAAGAGAAGCUGGUUCACAUCAUGCGAAAUGAGAUGGCGCGUGCGAAGGCUGAGGAUGAGAGUAUGGGCAUACAUUUCACCCCGCUUUAAACGAUGGCACAUCAAACUAGGGGCGUUUGAUAUAUUUCAAUGCGUUUCUUUUGAGUCUCUAAAAUAAGAUAACUAUCCCUUUCGUCACCAAAUCUCCCCUAAUUUGUAGCUGAGGCUUAAUACCCCCUAAUAGGCCGAAAUUUAUUUUCGCUCGUACGGUGGUACGCAAAAGUAUAAUACCCCAUGAGCAAUA